AUGGCUGAUCUCAGUCAGUUACCCAGAGACUACUAUGUCAAAGCCAUGGCAUUCACGCGGAACACAUUCCAGGAUGUGUAUCCCUCUAUCGAUCCUGCGCGGCCUGAGCUCAGUCUUGCGGGAGAAGUCGCCAUCAUCACUGGAGCAAGUCGAGGCAUUGGAGCCAAGGGGAUGGUGCCUUCAUUCAUCAAGGCUGGUGUUCGUGGUUUGGCACUCCUUGCUACGAACAAAGAAAAGUUGGAUGCGAUAAAGGAAGAAGCCAGGGCGGUCAACCCGAACAUCGAGAUCGUGGCAGUGGCGUUGGAUAUAUCCAACGUUGGAGAGGUAGAAGCUGCAUUUUCCGAGAUUAAACGAAAAUUCCAGUCGGCCAGGGUGCUUGUGAACUGCGCAGGCAUGUGCUCAGGGGAUGGCCCAGAUAUAAUGGAUGCUGAUCCCGAGCUGUGGUGGAGGAACUUUGAAGUCAACGGCAAGGGUGCUUUCCUCCUGACGCGCUCAUUUCUGCGCCUCCAAGGGGAUAAGGACUCGCAUGCAACUAUUGUCAACGUCUCCUCCUGGCAAGGUUUCUACGUUGUGCCGCCGAUGUCUGGUUACUUCAUAUCAAAGUUCAUCGGCGACUCUCUGAUGACGUACAUCGCGGAACAGCACAAGAAUGUGAACGCAGUGGCGGUCUACCCUGGUCUUGUAGAAACUGACAUGCUCCGCGAACCGUUUCGUUCACUGUUCAGUCUAGACACUGCUGAGCUCGUUGGUGGGGUUGCCGUUUGGCUGUGUCAGGAGAAAGCUCGUUUCCUCAGCGGGCGUUUCAUUGCGGCCAACUGGAGUGUCGAUGACCUGCUUGAGAAGAAAGAGGAAAUAUUGAAGAAUGAUUUAUUGAAGGUUAAGUUGAGUGGGCAAUUCGGUAUGGAUUCUGUCUAG